UGGCAGUGCUUGUAGCGAGUCCUAUUUGUAUCUGAUAAUGGAGCGUUUAUCUUUCCACAGGGUUUGUCCUCGGAGGAGCUUUUGGUGUGUUCACAGCUGGUAUCGACACCAAUGUCGGCUUCGACCCCAAAGACCCGCUGAGGACCCCGACGGCCCGAGAAGUCCUUAAAGACAUGGGCCAGAGGGGCAUGUCGUACGCCAAGAACUUUGCUAUUGUGGGCGCCAUGUUUUCCUGCACUGAGUGCAUCAUUGAAUCACACAGAGGAAAAUCUGACUGGAAGAACGCGGUGUACAGUGGCUGUGUGACCGGAGGAGCCAUAGGCCUUCGCGCUGGUCUCAAAGCCGGAGUCCUCGGAUGCGGAGGAUUUGCUGCGUUCUCUGCUGCCAUCGAAUAUUACUUGCGAUGAGACGAGAGGCUUUACGGACAAGAACUUGUUUUCUAUGUGGACUCGCUGCGAGGAAGCCGGGGUACAGAGAGGAACGUCGACGAACGUUGGCUUCAGGGACUCUGCUGGGACCUGAACAGCGCUUGCAGGGGAUGUUCCUGCGUCUCCAGUCACAGAAUGUCAUGAGCAGAGAAACUUCUGCACCCGGGUCCUGAUACCGAGGCCCAGAAACCACUGUUUGAUUACA